AUGGAGAAGAAGAAGAGAAAGAGGAUCAAGAGUUUCAACAAAUGGUGGACGAAGGAAGACACGCUUGUUUUUUUACGUAAAGUUUUAGAAAAUAAAAACACAUUUGAGAAACCUUCAGCGCAAAUUUUCUAUAAAAAAAUUAUUGUUGAAGAAGAUUCUCUCGCAGAAUAUUCGUGGAGGGAAAUGAGAGACCGUAUGAGAAACUUAAAGAAGAAGUACAAGGAUGCCUUAACAUGGAAAGUCAAUACUAGAGUUCUGCAUUUAGACUAUAAAAGUGAAACAGCGGUUGUGAAUUACAUGCUUCGACUGUGUCCCUUCUUUAAAGAAAUUGAUGAAAUUUGUCGAGGAAAUGCCAAUGUCCCAUCGCCGCUCGUAUCGGAUUCUACCAACUCUGUUUCAGUGCUUGAAGGGGGUGGAAAUUUUAAAGGAGUCGUGAUAACAGAGAGUGAAGAAGAAUACCCAUUAAACCAACCGUCUUGGGUAGCAACGACUGCAACGCCACUACAACCUGAGGAUCAGCUGGAAACACCAUCCCUUCACGGCAGGAUUUCAUAUAAGGAAAUUGUAAGUGGAAAUCCAGGCAUGGAAAGCGUGAAAGUUCCUCCAAAUUAUCUUACACAGGUGUUCCAUUCCGAAAAUAGUAAGCAACAAUCAGAAAUAGAAGUUGAAUGUCUCAGUUCCAGCAAUCAUUCCGAGAGAAUUCAACCUGCUACAUUACAAAUUGCUUCAAAAAUCGAUACAUCUGGAAAGACAAAUAGAAAGCUCAGUCAACCAUUGCCUUCAUCAUCAAAAAAUAAGAAGACUCCUUUUGAUCACGAAGUAAGAGCUAAUGAUGAACUUGAGGAAAUGCCAAAACGUUCAACACUAGUCACUGUAAAUAAAGUUGAUAAUUUUGAUCAUUUUGGUAAAUAUGUUUCAUCCAUUCUUCGUAAUUUGAGAAAACAAUCAGCUUUGAGACUACAAAAAAAUAUUUCUAAUAUGAUAACAAAAACUAUAUGCCGACCAGCUGAUUUCUCCAAAAAUAAUAAUGCGGAUGGCGACAUUGAAGAUGAUGAGGAUCAUUGUUAUGUCGGCCAUAUUACUACAAUUAAUACAUCGACAAUGAUUGGCGAAAAUGGGCCUCCAAAAAAGAGAUCAAGAAAACUUGAUGAUUUCGACAAACUAAUAUCACUUGCUCACAAACACCUCGAAGAACCUCAAACUGAAUUUGAUAAAAUCGCUUCGAUUUGGGCGAUCGAACUUCAGAAAAUGAAGCCGCAGCAACAAUUGUUCGCAAAGAAGGCUGUCAAUGACGUAUUGUUCGAAGGUCAACUGGGCACUCUGCAAAAAGGUUCUCUUCAAAUUAAUUCUGCAAGAUACACUCCUGCUGCGUAUAGUAGAGUGCAACAAAGUCCCAUUCAUUGUCGUACCCAACAGGAACAAUCAGUGCUCAAUGCACUCACGGAACCAGUUAUUGGACUAUCCUCUAAUGCUCCUUAA